AUGGCCAGCCGCUCGCGCGUGGAAGAUGUGUGAGCAGGUGCCAUUCAAAGCUGGAGAUCGGGUCUAUGUCUGGAGCGCAUCUCGCAGGAGGUGGUUUGACGAUGGCGAGAUCCAGGUGGUGAGGGAGCAGGGCUCUGUGGUGGUUCGCUUCAACAACGCCAAGCCGGUGGCGAAGGAGUUGCCUUUGAGGCACAUCCACCAGGUCUUGCGUCCCGCGACAGCCAAGAAGUCACAGGAUUUGCGAAGUGCAGUACGACAGGCCCUUGGAACCGGCCAUGGCCCCAAAGAUGCGGCGCAACGCCUCAAACGCCUCUAUGAGGCGACCAAGGCAGCGGAGGUUUCAACAGACACCAGUCCACAGCUCAAAGACCUCGUGACGAGACAGCUGAUGGACUUCGACAAAUUCACCUCCUGGCUCUAUGUUGAGAAGGCGGCCAAUGUGCUGCCCAAAGUCCCUGCAUUCGAGGAACCACCUCCGAAGCUGCAAUGCACCAAGCAGGUUGGUGAGAAGGCCGCUCGAAAGAUCUUUGCCGGCUGCCGGAUUCAGAUCCUCUUUCCAGGAGGUAACGCCAUGUCCCUGACGCGGAAGGAGCUUUUGGAGGCCCGGCUGCGGGAAGAGGGUGGCGUGGCAGCUGAUGCCGAGGCCACCCACCUGGUGGUGGCCUUGGGAGCGCCGAGGUCGUUGGUGACGGACCUUGCGGUGGCACCCGACGUGGAGGUGGUCACCGACGCAUGGCUCUGCGACAGCCUGCUGUUGGGCCAGCGGCUGCCAGUCUCGCCACGCUAUCGCUGGCGUCCGGAGCCGGAGGAGUCAGUGGAGGUGCCUGCAGCUCCGUUGCAGAAAGAUAUCAAGAGGCAAAUCUACAGCUGCAAGGCGGACCUACAGACUUUGCUGGGGUCGACUGCCGACGCUGAAGAUCUUCGCGCCAAAGUGGUGGAUGAGUUUCGAACUUGUUCAGCGGCCUGGGCAGUGCGUGGCGACAAGUGGCGAUCAUGGCAGUACAAGAAGGCCGAAAAUCUCGUUGCGCAAGCUCGUUCCUCCAUGUCUGUUCAGGACCUGAAGUCUAUUGGCCUCACCCCAAAGUUCGUGCAGAAAUGCCUGGAGAUCAGAGAGAGGGGAUACCUGGAACAAGCUGAAGCCUUUCGCAAGGACGCAGAUAUUCACACUCUCCUGGAGCUGACACGGAUCCAUGGAGUGGGCCCUGCUCUCGCACAGGCAUGGUUGAGGUGCGGCGUUCGCUCCAUAGCUGACGUGCGUUCGCGUGUGGACACGCUGCCCGGCACGGCUACUGGGGCGGCCACGGGACUCACCAAGGUGCAACGCCUGGGACUUCGCUUUGUGGAAGACUUUCAGGUCCCAGUGUGUCGUUCCGAAGUGGAGCGGAUCUAUGCGCAGGUGCUGCGCCAAGCACAGGCAGCCAAGAUCGAUGCCCCUACCGUGGUUCCUUGUGGCGCCUACCGUCGGGGCGAUGCACUCUGCGGGGGCCUCACACUGGUCAUCAGCUUCCCAGGUGAUGGCGCAGUCGAAGAAGCUGCAGCUGCAUAUCUCAAGGCCAUGGACGACAUCUUGGUGGCCGACCUCAGUGGCGCUGCCACGACUGCCACGGCCGUGAGGGUGCCUGGAGACGAUGAUCCCACCGAUUCAGCACAGGCCUGCCUUGGAGUGGUGCGUGGCUGCCCUGUGGAUGGAGAGCCAAUGAGAUACAGGCGCUGUGACUUCGUCUUUUGCCGUCACAACUCCUUGCCCUUUGUCACCUUGCAGUGGACGGGUAGUGAUGGAGGCCUCUUCAACAGGGAAAUCAAGCGAAUUGCUGCCCUGCGCGGGUUCCAUCUGUCCCACACUUACAUGUGCAAGGCCGAUCGCGAGGGAACACGUGGGCGGCAGGUUGGUGAAGUCUGCCGCGCCGGAGCCAAGAUCUUCUGCGAAGACGAGCGUGCAAUCUUUGCUGCAAUCGGUUUGCCCUACAGGCCACCGGAGCGGCGGGAGGUGGAUGCGGAGUUACUGAGACUGGUAGAAGAAGCUGCCAAAGAGGCGCCGGAGGCGCUGCGGAUGGUCAAGAUGGAGUUUCAAGGGUCUGACCUCCGGCCCUGCGCCAGCAGCGUGUCAUGAAGCCCUCGGGGGAUAUUGUGAGUUUAAAC